AUGGAAUAUUUGAACCAAAAAGAACAAGAGCAAUUUGCUCAAGUUUUGGAAACAAAGCAAAUAAAAGAUUAUACGAAUAUGAUGUUUAACCUUAGUCAGGGCUGCUUCAAUGACUGUAUCCUUGAUUUUACCAGCAGCAAAGUUGGUGACAAGGAAAGUGCUUGCUUAACCAGAUGUGCGGACAAGUUUUUCAAGCAUACCCAGCGCGUUGGUCAAAGGUUUGCAGAAAACAACGCUAAGCUUAUGCAGUAA